CUAUAACCCUGUGCAGUGUGGAGUCCUGGAUGAUGUUGUCAUCUGUACAUUUUUCAGUCUUCUUUUUAAAAAUUUGUGAAAUGUUUCUAAACCUGUUUUCUUCAUGGGCGCCGGCGCCACCCACAGGAUCUAUCUAUCUAUCUAUUUAUCCGGGCGCAUGAAUGUAGGCCCCGGCGCCAACCUCCGGCGCUAGGAAAGCGUGCACGCACGCUAGUAUUCAGUAUUAACUAAAGAGCAGGGAUGGGAGCUCUAGCCUCCCUACCGUUCUGUGCCCGGGGUAGGGAUGAUAAUAACAACCUCCCUGACCUCCCAGACCUAAACUCUGACCUCGAAACUAUUCAAGAGGUUGUCGAGGUCCAGCCCGAGGCCACCAGCACACCUAAGGCGGUUCGGGUGCCCGAGAUAAAAGAACCGGUUUCUCUUGAUGUGGACAUAGCUGACUCAUUCCAGUACAGAGAAAAUUACAACAGUUUGGAUGGUGACAGUGGACUUGAUCAUAGCGCAGACGAGGUCGAUCUCCCCAGCUUUACAGAACAGAAUAUUCUAGAACAAAGGGUAGAGGAGGAGGAGGAUGAUGAAGUAGACCUGGGCAAUCAAUCACAGGAUGAUGAUGAGGAGGAGGUGGAGGAAGAGGAGAAGAAGGAAGAUGAAGACCGAGAGAUCCCGCCUCCAAUGGAAUCCAUGAAAAAAGCUCGCCAAGACAAGAUUGAUUUUGAUCAGCUAGAAGAGGAAAUACUCGGUGAUGAACUGGUAGAACCUGAUCCAAUCACCGACACUGAGGAAGACGACCUAGAGCUGACGGAGAAGAGUUUCAGUAAGAGGAAGACAAGUGAUUUGAUCACCGACAUGUUGAGCCAAAUGGUGAUAGAGCCAGAAAGUCGGGAUAUCGCGCGCAGAUAGAAAAUUCUUACAGGGUGGCCAAAUCUGUUCUGGUUUUGACCACCGCCAAAUAAAAGUUGGCAAAAUUUGGCCUCUGCUGGAAUGCAAACAGAUCCAGUCAAUCUCUUUUAGUCAUUUCUGUUUAUUUAUUAAAAUAUUUAUUUAUUUAUUUAUGUUAAAUAUAUUUACGAACUAUUUUCA